UGGAAAUUAAAUUAGCGGCGGCUGCCGAUCGAGCGCUCCGCGGUCCACGCACCCGUGGAUCACCGGCCGGUUGGAUUCCACCUCCCUCCUCCUCCUCCCUCCCUCACCCCCCCUCCUCCGGAAAGUCGGUUGCGAGAGGCCGACGACUGCCGACGACGAGGACGACGGCGGCGGCGGCGGUGGUGGUGGUGACGACGACAACGACGACGACGACGACGACGACGAUUAGCCAGGGGAACGAGCGCGAACGAGCGCGUUAACGACGACUGCGGCGGCGACUGAAGGUUUCUAGAAGAGCACGAGGUGGACCUCGAGGGAGAAGCGGUCGCGAGGGGAAAAGAAAAAAAAAAAACUGCCGGAGGACUCGCGCGAGACCGACUUGCGAGCUUUUAACGUAGGAAAUAUACCAUCAUUGCGUAAACAAUGGCAGCGUUACCACGGAGGAUUAUCAAAGAAACUCAAAGAUUAAUGCAAGAACCAGUUCCUGGUAUCAGCGCUGUGCCAGACGAUACAAAUGCUAGAUAUUUUCACGUAAUAGUAACGGGACCUGAAGAUUCGCCAUUCGAAGGUGGAUUGUUUAAGCUCGAAUUGUUCCUACCAGAAGAUUACCCAAUGUCUGCACCGAAAGUUAGGUUUAUCACAAAAAUAUAUCAUCCAAAUAUAGACAGAUUGGGCAGGAUUUGCCUCGAUAUCCUGAAGGAUAAAUGGAGUCCAGCGCUUCAAAUCAGAACAGUUUUGUUGUCCAUACAAGCGCUCCUGAGCGCGCCGAAUCCCGAUGAUCCUUUGGCAAAUGAUGUAGCUGAACUUUGGAAAGUUAACGAGAGCGAAGCGAUACGUAAUGCCAAAGAAUGGACUCGAAGAUACGCUAUGGACAACUGAUCUCAGCCUUGUCAGAUCGCCCACGACAAAGCAAAGCGACGUUACUCCUACCUUUCCCAGACUUUUGAUCACCUUACCCGCACCAACUGCGUAUCCGGCACCUGUGUCCACAAUUUUGCUAUAAAAAUAAUAAAAGUUUUGUAAGAGUAAAACAGAAUGGAUAUUUUCUAUAUCGUGGGGGAGAUGCAAAGCACUGUUGGAUUUAUUCAAAUCGCUCAUUGAGAAAACUUCGUAAAUAUCUUCCUGCAUUAACGUUGCGUAUCUGCAAGAGGAAGCCUCUCUCUCUCUCUGUGAGAAGAACGCGGUGAGAUAUGUUACAUAAGUUUGAAAUUAUAUUAAGGAAGAGUAUGCGACAUACAAUUCUUUCAAUAUACUGCUACGAAACUAGUGCAAUUUGCAAAUUAUACUUCUUUUUCUUCCUAAUGUAUUAUCUAAAUAAUGAAAUUGAAAGAUCCUAUGUUUUGACAUACGAAUUCUUUUCUCUGAAACAAGUUUGUGUAUGCUAACUGGUUGUCUCUGUCUAAUACACCAUAGAUUUAAGUAUCCUUGCAUACAUAGAAUAUAUAGAGAACUAUAAGAUUGAUCAGUAGUAGCUUAUUAUUUAUCUCACAUGUCUUAUAGAUAAUAUAUUAAAGACGAGCCGGAAACAUUUUCAAUCUAAACUUACGCAUUUCUCAACAUCUGCAGUUAUUUUAUUGCGAGUUGUAGAUUAUUACCAAGGCUUUUUUUAAUAUGUAAUAAGCAGAAACGCAUAUUCGGAUACAUUUGAUUUGUACUCAGAAAAGUUUGAACUGUAAGUGAAUAGAAAUCUUCCAUUAUGUUAGUAAUAAUUGCCAAUUAAUUGCUUAUAAUGUGUAAAUAUAAGUAAGAAGAAUAGAAAAAUUCUUUAUUACGUUUCCCAAUGAAUAAAUUCUAUUCAUUAAGAUACACUAUACAAUAAAUUUUAACAUAGAGAAAAUUGAUUCGAUGAAAAUGCAUGAGAAAAAAAAAUAAUUAUUUUAUGACAAUUGCUUAUUUGAGGGAGACAAUGUAAAAUAUAUAGUUAUACUACAUACAUAUAUACGUAAAUAUUUUCCAUUUGAUAAGUAAAAUUAACGAUUGUAACAGGAAAUUGAACAUACGCAAGAAAUAGUUAAAUUUGCAUAUAUUGCACAUUGUGUAAUUAAAUAGAGAAAUAGUUGAAAAACUGAUAUCUUUGUAACAAAAAAAAAAACGGUGGCAAAGGAAUAAUAGUAUAUAUAUUGAUAGAAAUAUUUAACGUAAUUAUCAUAAUGCAUUGGCUCAAUAAAUUAAUAUUAAUAUCGGUAUAAUCGGCUUAAUGAAAAUGUCAAUGGUUUGUACCUAACGUACGUUUUAUUGCAUCAAAUGUGAGAAGUACAACCAGUUAGUAUAUGGACUAUAUCCUUAAAAAAUGGGGACACAUCGCAUUAAUACCUUGUUUUUUUUUAAAUAAUUACAACAGAGAGGUUUUGUAAUUUAAGGACACGGGAAUAGGUUAAAACAAUUGUAGAUAAUCUGCAAUAAUAAAGAAAUUAUUAUUAAGA